ACUGACGUGAUCAGUAAUGAUAUUGUAUCUCCUCCUUCUUACUGUGACCAGAGCUUUGAGGUGUAACCUUAAAAAUGCUGAGUAACUCUCAUCCUUUUAGAUCAUCACCAUCAGGGGUAACUGAUUCUGUCACAUAAUAGGCUCCAUAGAAAAUACUUAGGAAGCUCUGAAAAACCCCAUUCACAGCUGCUUUAUGGAUUGCUUUCAUAACAGAAGCUUUAUUUUACAAAGUUGCAUUAAAUUCUGUGCAAUUCAAUCCUUCGUCAUGCGCUGCCUUUAUGUGCAUAGCAUCUGAGCCGCAGUGCCUCAUCGCUGAAGUAUACAUUACCCUCUGUUCCUAAACUGUGACCCAGGCUUCACAAUAAUCCCCAUGCAUUUUUCAUUGACUCCCAGUGACAGCGAGGGCACGGAUCUAUUACAAACCUGAAAUGGCGGCGUUCGCUGUUGUGACCAGAGGAGAAAGAUUUAAAAAAAAAAAAAACACAGUAUACUGGAAGGGGAGGGGAGGACGGUGCUGAAGGGAGUGACACAAUGAGAAGAUUGAGACUAAGAAGAGGAGAACAGCCGAGGUGACAAACUGCUGCAACCUGUUGAAGGUAAAAAUGAUUAAUUCAAAGCCAAGAAGCAGAAAUCUCUGGAUUUAAGAUGCUCCUCAGCAAGUGGGCACUGUCAGAGCCGUGUCACUCAGGAUGCACCAGUGAUCUAUUUCUUCUGCAUUUUCUGCUACAAGCCGGCUUAAUAAAUGCAGGAGACAAGUGGAUGGAUAAUCCUGUGCAUAUAAAUGAAGCUCAUGCUGUCAAACCUGCACAUUCAGUAUUCAGAUUUUUGGUUUCCAUUUUUUUACUGCCCCUCUCAUCAUGAGCAUACUCUGCCGUUGGUGAUUUCUUUGUGGCUUUACAAAUAUGGAUUGUCAGGUCCAAACAAACAACACAAGCUCCUCUGAAGCCGAGCUGCAAAUGGCGAGCCCUGCGUCCCUCGAACAGAGUUCCUCAGACUCUUUCAAAAGUCCAGCCAACACUGAAAUACUGAGCGUAUCCUCUCUAAUCCCUCCUACUGUUUUCACACUCAUACCCAGCUUUGAACCUCUAAGUGCUGCUGCAGGCGCAUACCCAGAAUUUUCAUCUCCUUAUCUCACAUCAGAGCCUGAAACUACUAAAAGUUCAUCAUCCAGCUCUGCAUCCCCAGAGGCGCAAGACAACCAAACUUACAAAAGUGACAACGAAGCUCAGCAGAGGGAACUGUCAAAUGGAACCCCAGUGGAGGAGAGGUCUGUCAAUCUCCUGGUGCCCAAGGACAUCCCAGAUGAAGAAGCAGAAACAAAAAGCACUCGGGCCUGCACAACUCGUGAGCUGCUAACUAUUGUGGGAAUCCCCAUCACCAUCAAACUAAUCAUUGGUACUGCUUUAUUAGUCAAGUUCCUGGCAUUCCCUUCUCACUCAGGUGAAUCACAAACUCUUUGUAAGGUGGAGGGAAGCUGCGGCAGCACAAGCCAGAGGCCUGUUCUGUCCAAAAACCCACUCAAUCAGACCUCAAACAUUACUGCAAGUAAUGACGGCUGUCCCUUAGUGGUUGGAGACGGGUCGCGAAUAGUUGGUGGGAAUUUGGCGGCAGAGUACGCGUGGGGCUGGCAAGUCAGCAUGCAGUGGAGGGGGAGACACGUAUGCGGUGGGGCCAUCAUCUCGGACCACUGGGUCAUCACUGCUGCUCAUUGCUUUGUUGAAUAUAAGAUGUUCGAAGCGGCUGACUGGCUGGUGGUGGUCGGCUCUGUGAGCCUCGCAGACAACUCAGGGAAACGUUACAGAGCCCUGCAGAUCCUCUACCACCCUGGCUUUAGCAGCCAGAAUAAUGACUAUGAUGUGGGGCUGCUGCGCACCAUCACUGACAUUGACAUGACAGAUGGGGUGCAACCGGUGUGUUUACCCAGGAGAAAUGAGAUCUUUCCUGUUGGUGCAGACUGUUGGAUUACAGGCUGGGGCUCCACUCAAGAAGGAGGGUCGGUGUCAGAGGAGCUGAGGCAGGCUCAGGUGAAGAUAAUAGCUCAAGUAACCUGCUCCAGUUCAAGGGUCUACGGGGACUUUAUAACACCUCAGAUGAUUUGUGCUGGCAGCAUGGUUGGUGGUCUAGACUCUUGCCAGGGAGACAGUGGUGGGCCACUGGUUUGCCAGACAUCCUCUGGAGACUGGAAGCUGGCAGGAAUAGUGAGUUGGGGUGAAGGUUGUGCACGGCCCAAUAAACCUGGUGUGUACAGCAGAGUGACUGAACUGCUCCAAUGGAUUGAGGAAUCCUCAGAGAAACUGCAGGAGAAAGCAGUGACUGACACUUCCCUAACGCUUGCCUCAUCCCUCAGAUAACUGACAAUAAAAGCUGAUAUGUCUACAACGUCCAGGCUUUCUUAUUGCUUUUUGCAGAAGGAUGACUAAUAAAAAACAAACAAACAUAUAAACAGUUUCUGUAUUAUUGCUGAGAUAAUUAAAUGCACAAUAUAACUUUAUAGUAGUCUGAUUUGUUAACACACUUGCCAGUUUUGGGCGGCAGGGUAACAUACCACAAUGUACUUUGAUCACGUCCAUGUUUUUCAUUUGACUAUUUUUGAAAUUGUAUUUUUCAUCUGGGACUUCACAGUUUUAAAAUUAAGAUUAUUCUGAAACUUCAGCAAAACAACUGUUCUUUGCAAUGUUUGGACAUCAUUCAUAGCAAAAAAAAAUUAAA